GCUGUCCAUCAAGUUAUGUCAUGAUUAGUUAGUUGACCGAAGUCUAAAGCUGCCGGGAUAGGGCACUGGAGUAAGUGUGAGCAUGUGAACGAGGGCCAGGAUGAACACUACGCUGAAACACUGGAGAGAGUCGGCGACGGUGAUCCUGGCGGCCGGCCUGAGACACGCUCAGAGCUCGGACUCUCUUAAAACAGGUCUGGAGAAAGUCUCUGACACAGCUCACAGAUCCGCCUUUGAUUAUCAAGUGCUGCUGCUGAAACGGAGCAGCAGCAGCGGCUUCAUGCCCAGUGUCUAUGUGUUUCCCGGGGGGCUGGUGGACUCGUCUGACUUCUCCAGCGAGUGGCAGGAGAUCUUUCAAUCCUUCACGAAAGCGCCCAACUACGGCAUCGGAGUCGUGAAGCAGACUCCGGAGACCAGGCCACCCAUUUUCGGCACUGACAGAGCGCAGCUGGGGUCCCCGAUCCCCGGAGACGUGGCUUUCAGGAUAUGUGCGGUGAGGGAGACGUUUGAGGAGUCCGGUGUGCUCCUAGUGAUUCCCAAACACGAGGAAAGUGGCAUUCGCGUGCGCACAGAUGAUGCUCGGGACAGUGACCCCCAGCCAGCCCUCACCACACUGAGCGGACUGUGGGACAGAGACGUGCUGUCCAAGUGGAGGUCUCUGGUUAUUGGUGACUCGGCGAAUUUUAUUAAGAUGUGCAAGGAGCUGCAGUGUCUGCCCAAUAUCUGGGCUCUACACGAGUGGGGCAACUGGCUGACCCCCAUAGGCAUGCAGGACAAACAGAGGCGCUACGACACGGCCUUCUACAUCUGCUGUCUGCGCGACACGCCACACACGCUUCACGACGAGAAGGAAAUAGUUCAUUUCAAGUGGUCGAGUCCCUCUGAGGCGCUGCACAGCUACAAAUCAAAGGAGCUCUUGCUCGCUCCUCCUCAGGUCUACGAGCUUGGACGGAUGUGCCAUUGUCCAUCUCUUACAGAUCUCCAUCGCUUUGCCUGGCAGAGGUCUUUGGAGGGUUGCGAACAGUGGCUGCCUCUUCACCUCGUGGCGCCUGACUGCUUUGCAAGCAUUUUACCAGGGGACGCUCUGUACCCGGAAAAAGUGGACCCUUCUGGAAAGAGCGGCGGCGUGAUAAAGACUGAGAAAAGUCUUGAAGAGUUCCUGCAGGACAGUGCAAACCUGCACCGUUUUGUCGGUCAGGAUCCAUAUUCAGUAACUGUCCAAAUAAACAUCACACCCAAGUAUAACCACCUGUCCCCUCUCUGUGGUAAAGAUGUGGACAACCCCUCCAAAAACCAUAGUAAACUCUGACACUUACCUGCCAAACAGUUGCAGGACUAAUGGACAUCAAAGGUUUUUUAUUUUUAAUCAGCUCAUUUUUACUUACUGAUAAGGCACUUUAGCUCUUCAGUGUAGUUCAACAUAUGGCCUCCCGAACUUCUGUCAUAUACAAAUCAUAAACGGUGACUACAUUGUUGAUGUGACAACUGCUGGUACCAUGAUUAAAAAAAAAAAAAACCUUCUGAAGUGCAUAAAAAAGACUAAUGUGUAAAGUUUGUAUUGUCACAGUUCUUCAUUAAUGUAAUAAUUCAGAUGAGGGUAUGACACUUUCAGUUGCUUUCAUUUGUUGAAAGUGCUCAACUUUAAGCUUUUUGAGUUUGCUGAAUACAGGACUGUGUACAAAAAUUGCAUUUAUCGGAUUGGUUUAUGGCUAGCAUAUAUAACCAACCAAUAACAACAAAUCUGGCUGUAGCAGCAGCUGUUGCAAUUUUUUGUAGUACUGGCUAAGAUAAAUGAUUUAAAUCUAAGUGAAGUACAAUGAGUAGUAAAUCAAGUGUUUUAAUUAAAACUGAAGCAUGAUGUGCAUUUCUGCCAUCUUUAAAUUCAGAUUAAAAAAAUAAUAAUUCAGACAAUGUGUGAAUGUUUUCAAAACAGUUUAAUCAUACAUAAACUAAAGAUAAACUACCAGAUGACAGCUUCAUGGGUGUCCAUUUUGCUAUAUUUCUGUAGACAGUAGCAUGAAAUCCUUAACCAACCUUAUACAGCACAUUUAUUUCAGACAUUUAAUAAAUUCUGCACUCUCUACACUUCCAAUGACAACCACACAACUUAAACGACAAAACAACUAAAAAACAUCUUAAUUCAGUUAAAGGCUGUUUUGUGGAGUUGAUUUUUGUUUGCAUUUUGGUUACUUUGUACAGGUUGACGUUUGGUCAUGGUGUUAUGGUCUACAUGCUUCUACUUACUGGGAUCUACAUUAUGAAACGACUGAAGUAGAAAAGGCAAAUUCUGUACAAAUCUCAAAUGUUAAAUACAAUCACUCUCUGUACCAGUAAUGACAAACAUCCCACAGGAAAGUUUCUCAGAGUACAUUUAAACUCACAAAACAGCAGCUUAAAAUCUAGAAAACAACCACCUCAACCCCCAAAUUAUACAGCUUAAAAAAAAAAAAAAAUCCAAAUGUAGCUCUUCAUUUGUGGAGAUAUGCCUUUAAACUAAAGGCUAAGAGGGCAAAGCUGCAGUUGAGCUCUACCAAUCAGUCCAGACCUUCACAACUUAUACAGAUGUCAGAAUGGGAAAGGAAAAGUAAAAAUGCUUGCAAGCUUUGUAAAACAGACUAACUUUAGGUUGUAACAUUUUCAUUAACUGAACAACAUCAAGAAGAGCAUGUGUUUUAGCUGUUGUAGGCACAAUUUAUCUCAAAGGACUCAUUUGAAACCCACUUCAAUUUUUAGAACAAUACAUUGUUAAAAUUCAUUUUAACCCAUAACCUGAACACACACUUAAACCAUCAAAAUGAGACCACGUCAUUGCAGCAGUAAAGAUUACAUACUAUAAAUGUAACCAAUAGCAACAUGCACAACUUUUGGCACCACUUUAUUUAUCUUGACUUUUUGAAACAGAACUAGAUCACAUUUUGCUGAGGAUUCCAGUGCACUUACAAAAAAAAAACAAAAAAAACAUGCAUGCUUAAGAUUUAUCUGUGACAAGAAAAUACCACUCUGCUCAUUCUAUGCUUUGACUAAUCCUGAUUUUCACACAAUAAGGAAAUAAAAAAAACAUGAGCCUGUGUUGGCUUGACACACAAAGAAGAAAAAGGCAAUUCAAGUGUCUAUUGUAAUGUCACUCUGUUAAUAGAAACUCCCAAAAUUACAUCAUGCCAACUAACCGAACACAAAUGUACAAAGUUUAUCCUCGAUUUCAUCAAAAUGUGACAAAAACAUCCUCUAAAAGGUUUAGAACUAACAAGUGAGAGAAAGAGGGAAACACACCCACACUCGAACACACAAAAGUGAUUCUAUAAAACUGAAUGGCUGCUUUGAGAAGAACAACAAAAAUCAAAAAGGAGUACAAUUAGAAGCGCUAGGAAGACUGCUGGAAAAUUAUUUAAAAAACAAAUCGAUAAACAACGAAAUCUGAAAAAAAAAAAAGAAAAAAAGCUUUUGCAAAAAUCUAGUGGUUAUGUUUUUAUGUUCUAGAAAAAUAGACUCUUUGCUCAGAACAAUUUUCAUGAAACUUUUUACAAUUUAAGCAGUCUUUCUAACGCUCCCUAUUGGCAGCGCAAAUGAACGUCACACGAAGAAACAAACAAAAGUAAUCAAUAAGCGUCAAAAGUUAACAAAGGUCAGGGUGAAAUUUCAAGCGCCAGAGAAGCGAAGAGGAUAACGGACUGGACGAUGAACUUUUGACGUCACAUCGACAUGCUAGGCAAACGAUGACAAACGGGCACAUC